AUGAAGCUCUGGUACGCGGCUUUGCCGCUCUUCGCGGCGAGCCGCACCCAAGCAAAGGCCGUCUUUGCUCACUUCAUGGUCGGAAACACCGCAGAAUAUACUUCGGACACCUGGUCGGACGAUUUUGGUCUUGCUCAAGAUGCCCACCUCGACGCCUUCGCGCUCAACAUGGCUUACGGUGACACUCUCAACGACGAUCAAGUCCCAACUGCGUUCUCAGUGGCAGAGAGCUUGGGCUUCAAGCUCUUCUUCUCGUUUGACUAUGCUGGUAAUGGCGCUUGGCCAGAAGCUGAUGUCAAGUCCAUGAUUGAAAAGUAUUCUUCAAGCUCGGCAUACUUCUCAGAUGGAGGGAAGCCUCUAGUCUCCACAUUUGAAGGCCCGGACAACGCAGAUGACUGGACCAGCAUCAAGUCAUCCACUGGCUGUCUCUUUAUUCCCGACUGGUCCUCUCUCGGAGCCAAAGAUGCCACUGCCUUGGGUGUCGCUGACGGUCUAUUCAGUUGGGCCGCUUGGCCCAACGGCCCCAAUAACAUGAACACCUAUGUCGAUGCUUCUUACGAGGAGUUCAUGACAUCGUCCAUGCCCUACAUGAUGGCUGUAUCACCAUGGUUCUACACUAACCUGCCCGGCUACAGCAAGAAUUGGCUUUGGCGUGGCGACUCCCUGUGGAACGACCGAUGGACUGAGGUGCUCUUUUGGCAGCCCGAGUACGUCGAGCUGUUGACCUGGAACGACUAUGGUGAAAGCCACUACUUUGGACCAAUCCGCGAUAAUACCGUUCUAGAUGUCGGCGAGGCGCCUUUUGACUACGUUAGCGAUAUGCCUCAUGACGGUUGGCGAGCAUUGCUGCCGUUUUGGAUCGACAUGUAUAAGACGGGCACGGCAAGUGUGUCCGAGGAAGUCUUGGUUAUCUGGUAUCGUGUCAACCCCGCGUCUGCAUGCUCCAGUGGCGGUACAAGCGGCAAUACGGCCAGCCAGUUCCAGGUGGAGUACCCGCCCAGCGAGGUCGUUCAGGAUCGAAUCUAUUUUAAUGCUCUGUUGACAUCCGAGGCCUCUGUCACUGUCACCAUUGGCGGAACGGCGGUGAGUGCAGAGUGGUCAUCCAAGCCCUGGGAUGGUGUAGGCGUGUACAAUGGCAGCGCACCCAUCAAUGGUCUGACCGGUGCAGUCGUCGUUACAGUCAGUGGUAUGUCCGUGACGGGCAAGGAUAUUACAACCAGCUGCACUGACGGUUAUUCGAACUUCAACGCCUGGGUUGGGUCUACUACAAAGAGCGUCUCUGCCGUUUCGCCCGAACUGAAUCUAUCUGAACAAAAUUGCACCAGUGGAUGGGCCGUCGGAAACUUUCUCGGUCUCUGCGCUACGUCGUGUUACUAUGGAUACUGCCCCACCGGCGCGUGCCUCUGUACGUCAAUGGGCCCGUUGAACGAAUCGCCCGAAUCGACUGGCGUGAAAGGGUAUCCGAUUGCCGGCGAGGGAUCUAGCUAUAGUGGUCUCUGCUCAUUCGACUGUAACAUUGGUUACUGUCCGGAUACCGCAUGCGGAACCACCGAGGUCGAGUUGACGGAGCCUACCGUCUCCCCCUUCACGCCGGCUUCCUGUACAUCGGGGUCCUACACCUCGGAUCCCAACUACGCGGGCCUAUGUUCGUACGCCUGCAAUUAUGGCUUUUGUCCCAUCUACAAGUGCACUUGCGACAGCACCGGCACUCUUGUUCUCCCGCCCGACACGGAGGACGGCGAGUCGGGCGAGCCUAUAGACUCGACCGACCAGAGCGGGUUGUGCGAAUUUGCCUGCGCCCGCGGCUAUUGUCCCGACGGUGCAUGCACAUACACUGGCGACGACGACACAUAUGUCGACGACACGGGCAUUGUCAGCCACCGAACUGGUAGCGAUUCCACCGUGCUGCCCAUUAACUCGACCACUUGUCCCUACUGGGGCGACGCCGAUACGACGGAGUGGAACACGCUCUUUUGCAACGUGACUGCAGACGAAGAUCUCAUCUUGACAUCGUAUUCGGCGGCUGAGCGCUGGGAAAAUGCAUACGCGCAGCACGCUUACUCUUGCUUCGAGAGUUGGUACCUCAAUGCCGAAAAGGCAGACGAACUUGGCUUCUUUGAGAGCUGGGAAGAGACCGUGCUGUACUAUAUGGGCUACAAGAACUACCAGAUGAAGUGUCUGAUUGAUUCGGGCACCAACUGUGAUCAAGAUAUUAGCUGCAGUGGCAACGAUUACACCCUCGCCGCCUAUCUUGUAUCGGGCUCCAUGGUGCGGAUCAAGAACUUUUAUAAUGAUUGGUACGAUGCCUUGGACCAGGUUGCUUCAAGUUUUGAUUCCGAAGAUUUCAAAGAGACGUUCGCCAACGGUGAAGAGGACUCCAUUGUGGAUCAACUGAACAAGUGGGCACUCAAUAUGAUUUUCGAGGCAGCCGGUAGUCUGAUCUUCCGAGGACUCAGUACCUCGUUUGGAUCAGCAGGUGAAAAGGCAGAAGAGUAUCUCGGCAGUAGCUACGAGUCCUUCACCGAGUGGGCCGUGGACAAGAUCAUGCCCUCGGACAACGACGGCGUCAAGCUGUCUGUGAUCGACUCCCUAUUAAACGACACCAUCUAUACUUCGCAAAAGGCUCUCGAGGACUACGUCACGGAGAUAUUCAACGGUAGCGGCACCAGUAUGGCGCAUCUCUACAAUCAAAUCCAGGGAGGCACUUGGUUGCACAUUGCCGACGAGAAGGUCAGUGAUGUCCGGGAGACGACCAAAAAGUUCGUCAUUAGCCAGGUCCUCCAGCCGGCUUGGGCCUUGGCCACGAGCUCCAGCAUUGUCAUCAUCGUUUCCGACGACAAAGACGAUACGAGCAAUCCGUUUGCAGGCGGGGGACUCAACGCAGACGAGGCCGAAAGUGUCCGCUACAGCUACGACGGCCAGACCUUUUGGCUGGUGAGAAUGAAGGAGUGUACUUCUUAUGGAUAUCAAUCCGACUCGUGCUCAUCCGAUCCUUGGGCGGCAGUCCACGGACACGCGGCCCUGGAAACCUCUGACGCCUGGGGUUUGAACAAGACCGACAUCAUUGUCAGCUCCAACGAAGGCAAAAAGCUCAACGGGGGCGAAAACGGCUACGUUCUCCAAGAUGCCGGCGAUGGAGCGUAUUUUCUCAAUGGCGCCGGCGACAAGUCCUCGUGGGUCUAUGAAAAUGGUGUACAGACGCCGGGUGUGUUUUCAUACCCUAUUUGCAGCUAUGACUUGGCGCAUAUCAACUGGUCGGUGGCGAACUCAAAAGGCAGUUCGGUAGAUAUAUGCAGCACGUACCCGUGCUGCUCCUGCGAUGAACUAGGUGUAACUGGCGGCAGCUGCGAAGACUAA